GGGCACCGCUGUUUCAAAGGAACCAUCGAUGAAACAUCUGAGUCCUGAGUCGGUCCUGUGAACACAACGCGGCGAUACAACGGGAAAAUCGGGAUAACUCGCGCCGGAGUGUGGGGCGCAAGGUGCCCAAUGUAGAGGAAAAUUGCAAGUGAAAACGCAGGCUGGCCGUUGAAUGUGAAAUGUGCGAGUGUUGCCUGCCACUUUGACGUGCAGGCAUUGAAUUUUCAUCUCGGCCAUCCAAACGAGGGGCAAGGAAAAUCUUCUACGAUAUUUGGCCACGUGUUAUAGGCACAUUCCGGUUGGAAAUCAACGUUUAUUAUGCAAAUUUACACAACAACAGAGACUUAGGCGCAGCAUCCAAUCUCCAAAAAAAAAAAAAGAAAAGGAAAACUCUUAAACUGGAAGCGCUCCUUUCUGAAUCCUUCGCUUAGUUGUUUUUGUUGCCGCUGCACACAGACAACGAGAAAUUUGUCAUCACACUCACAGGAUAGAACAAAGGCAGCCGUGGAAAGCGACGGGAAAAAGAUAAAUAAGAGAGGGAGAACGAGUGGGAGUGGGCGAAUAAAAAAAGGGAGUAAGUGAGCACCAAACCCCCUGCCCCAUACGUCCGUCUCGCUUGCGCGCACGUGUCGGGGCGCAUAAGCUUCGCACUUGACUUGAACAUUAAACGCGUACUCCAUAGCCUCCUCUCCUGGCUUUCAACCCAUGGAUAUCCAGAUAUCCAGGCGGCCUGGCUGAUACGACUUCUGGUAGCAUCGCAUCCCAGCAGCACCCUUACCGGCCCCAGCCGUAGCGACUCGCUGGCAUUUAUAUGUUGCCCAUCAUGCUGUGAAAUCCGCUUCGCUCCAUUCUGCUUUUGCAAUUUUUGACAGCUGUCAGCGUGUUCCGUCGCGGGUGUAGGUGUGCGGUGGCUGGCAUUGGUGUGUGUGAGUGUGUCUCGGUGUGCGUGAGUGCUAGCACAGUUAUUUCCACUUGGCGGCAAGGUCAGCGCGACAUGCAAAUUGAAAAGCGCCGCAAAAACAAAACCCAUAGCAGAAGCCAAGGCAAAGCCAAAAGCAACAGCAUCCACGGGAAACGCCACAAAACGGUGAAAGCAACUACAACAACAACAACAAGAAUAACAACUGACGUCCGAAGCCGCUGCCACUGCGAAAAUGUUUGAGAAAUAUGUCGCCACAUAUGUGCGCGCGUGUGAGCAAGUGAAAUUAAAAUUCCCGCAUGCCUAAUGAAUUCGCCGUCCCUCUCCCACGACCACAAGGACCGCUACCGCUAUGUGUGUGCCCGGGUGUGUAUGUGUGUGUCUCUGACUUCGGAAUGACAACCCCAACAACAACAACAAUAACAACAAAAAUAACAAAAACAACAGAACAGCAGCUUCAACUAAAACAAUGGUUUUGCUAAGCUGUUUGAGUGAGUGAAAAAAGGAGUGCAAAACAAAAAAAAAAAAGAGCGAGUGAGAGCCACAAAGGAUAUUUAGAGAGAUACAUAGAGGAGCGCAUAAACGAAAGUGAAAACUUGCACCGGAACUGCCUAGCAAGAAGUGGCAAGAGGGGAGAGACCGACCAACCAUCAACAAUAAUCGGGGGCAUGUCCACAGCCAAAAGGCUGGUGCUCUCGCUACGUGGACGCAAAAAUUCGCAAGGCAACUCGGCGACCUCCUCCACACGGCUGGUAUCCGCCGGCACCUCGCCCGGCCAUGAGCUGGACGAAAUAGCCGUGGUCUCCGGCACCGGAUCCAGUAGCCAUCACUUCUCCUAUGGCGGCUGCAUCGCCGCCGGGGAUGCGCCACUGCCGCGCUACUCAACAGUUGCCACGCCCACACUGAGGCGUGAGGCGGCCAUAGAUGGCGAUGCAAAUGGAGACGGAUAUGGAUAUGGACGUGGCGAUGUCGACAUCGAAAUCGAUGCUGGGGCAGAUGAUGAUGACGAUGAUAUACGAUGGCUGAAAGAGCAGAAGGUUCCAAAUCCGACACAUGACAGGCCACAAACCAAACAAACCAAAACAGCAGCAGCAUCAGAAGCAGCAGCAGCCAAAGCAACAGCAAUACGUCAAAGCAACAUCAGCAACAGUAACAAUAACAAUUGCAACAACAAUUACAAAAGCAACAGUAACAGCAACAGAAACAGCUACAAUUUAGCCCCACGGGCCAGCUUCCCGGAGAUCAUGCAGCCACGGCUCUCGCUCAACGGGCUCCUCAACCCCUCGCUGAUGCCCUCGCCCCGCCCCCUGUACCGGGAUCACAGUUCGAGGUCAAUCAACCCGCUGACCGCCUACGAGCAGCAGAUGGCCGAGCUGGACGGCAGCUUCUAUGCCAGCAAUGCAGGCUACCUGGGCGCCGGAAUGGGCGGCAGUGCCGGCGGCGGCACCACCUGCACAAAUCUUACAGUGGGCGGUGGCGGGGCGGCGACAUCGGUGGGUGGUGGCAUUGGUGGUCCUGCCCUGGGUGGCGGUCCUUCUAGUGGUGGUGGUGGUGGUGGUGCAUCAGCCAUACACACAACCGAACUCUCGAUCACACCCACAUUGGCCAGCGAUGAGCAGUUCAUCGAUCUGGGAAGCCUGCGGCGCUUCUCGAUCGAUCGCCAGAGCUUUCUCGAUCUAGGACCAAAGUUUGGCAUGACCCAGCCGAAAUUCGGCCAGAGCGUCUCGCAACAAGGUUUCUUCACUUCGCAUGACAGCCUGGCCACACCAUGCGCCUCCCGAGCCUCCAACUCGCACAUGGCCACCGUAAGCACUGCCUCCGAAAUGGAUCUUCUGCACAACAAGCAACGCAACAUGUCCCGCGGUCGCCUGAAAACGACGACCAGCGGAGAUCAGCCGCUCCUGGGCACCUGGAAUCGUUCCACGGGUCGCUCCACGGGCUCCCAGGAUAACACCCUGGCCGGUGGCGGUGGCGGCGGUGCCACCAGCCUGGCCAUGGGUGGACAUGCUCAGUAUGGCGGCAACUACUGCAACGGCACAGAUCGCUACCCGCGCUCAAGGUCGCAGCACCACAACGCCGCCCAGCAGCCGCACCACCCCUACCAGCUGCAACACUCGGCCUCCACGGUAUCGCACCACCCGCACGCUCACGGCCCGCCCUCCCAAGGGGGACCUGGUGGCCCGGGGCCGCCCCACGGCGGGCAUCCCCAGCAUCCGCACCACGGUGGAGCUGGAAGCGGGGGCGGUAGUGGGACGGGGCCACAUGGGCAGCCGCACCACCAAAAACCACAUCGCACGGCCUCGCAGCGGAUUAGGGCGGCGACGGCGGCGCGAAAACUCCACUUUGUGUUCGAUCCGGCGGGACGACUGUGCUACUACUGGAGCAUGGUCGUCUCCAUGGCCUUCCUGUACAACUUCUGGGUGAUAAUCUACCGCUUCGCCUUCCAGGAGAUUAACCGGCGCACGAUCGCGAUCUGGUUCUGCCUGGACUACCUAUCCGACUUUUUGUAUCUGAUCGAUAUAUUCUUCCACUUCCGCACCGGCUAUCUGGAGGAUGGGGUGCUUCAAACGGACGCACUGAAGCUGCGCACCCACUACAUGAACUCGACGAUCUUCUACAUCGACUGCCUGUGCCUGCUGCCGCUGGACUUCCUCUACCUGUCCAUCGGAUUCAACUCGAUCCUGCGCAGCUUCCGGCUGGUGAAGAUCUAUCGGUUUUGGGCCUUUAUGGACCGAACCGAGCGGCACACCAACUACCCCAAUCUGUUCCGGAGCACGGCCCUGAUCCACUACCUGCUUGUGAUAUUCCACUGGAACGGGUGCCUCUACCACAUCAUCCACAAGAACAAUGGCUUCGGAUCGCGCAACUGGGUCUACCACGACUCGGAGUCGGCGGACGUCGUCAAGCAGUAUCUGCAGAGCUACUACUGGUGCACUCUCGCCCUGACCACCAUUGGGGAUCUGCCCAAGCCGCGUUCCAAGGGCGAGUACGUCUUCGUUAUUCUGCAGCUGCUCUUCGGCCUGAUGCUCUUCGCUACGGUAUUGGGGCAUGUGGCCAAUAUAGUGACGUCAGUGAGUGCAGCACGCAAGGAGUUUCAAGCCAAACUGGAUGGCGUCAAGACGUACAUGCGGAUGCGACGUGUGCCGAAUCAUCUGCAGGUGAAGGUCAUCAAAUGGUUCGAUUACCUGUGGCUCACGCAAAAAUGCUCGGACGAGGAGCGUGCCGUGUCCUGUCUUCCUGAUAAAUUAAAGGCUGAAAUAGCAAUUAACGUCCAUUUAGAUACACUUAAGCGGGUGGAGAUUUUCCAAAAUACCGAGGCCGGUUUCCUCUGCGAGCUGGUCCUGCGCCUGAGACCCGUGCUCUUCUCGCCCGGCGACUACAUCUGCAGAAAGGGCGAGGUGGGGAAGGAAAUGUACAUUGUGAAUCGAGGACGAUUGCAGGUGGUGGCCGACAACGGAAAGACGGUGAUGGCCUCCCUGAAGGCCGGUUCCUAUUUUGGCGAGAUUAGUAUACUCAAUAUGGGCACCGCAGGUAAAGAACUUGGCAACCGACGCACUGCCAGCGUUCGCUCCGUGGGCUACAGCGACCUCUUCGUCCUCAGCAAGAAGGACAUGUGGGACGUGCUGAAGGAGUAUCCGGCGGCGCGUGUUCGUCUGGAGUCGAUAGCCGUCAAGCGAUUGGAGAAGUACAAGAAGGCUCCCCUGGAGAAAGUAAAAUACUUUAAUGUAGUUGCCAUGGGCCGCUGCCAAUCGACGCCGGGCCUAGUCGAGAGCUGUGGCCGCACCUCUCUCGAGGAGAUGUGGCUGCCACCGGCCGCGUUGCACCACCACCAGCAGCCACUCCAGCCGCAGCAGCAGCUACAGCACCAGGCCGCCCAGCCGACCCAUCUGCCCCAUCGGCAGGAGUCCACGCAACAGUCUUCGCAGCAGCAUGGCUACAGUCCCCGCAGCUAUGCAGAUCGUUUGGCCCGCGCCACCGACUCGCCGAGAUCGGUGAGUCCUAGUGCCCAUGGGUCUGAGGAAAGACCGCGCAGUCGAGCCACCUCGCAUCACUCGAUACGACCCCAAUCGCAGCCCAGUCACACCGGACACAUUUGCGACUCCAGUUCCCAGCUCGAGUGCUAUGGCGCCGGAGUGGGCGGAGCCGGUGGAGGAACCACGCCCCUUCUGGGCUCCCACGAGGCUCUCGAGGACGAGAUCAAGCGGCUGAGGGAGCGACUGCACACGGUGGAAUCGGAGAACCAGGCACUGAAUACGAAGCUAUCGCAACAGCAAUGGGACCUGGAGAACCGACUGGCCGAGAUCGAGAUGCAGAUAUGCGGCGUGUCCUCCACGUCGAGCGUGGACCCGGAGAAUGAGACGGAAGAGCUGGAGCGGAACAGAGAGAGUAUCAUAUAACACGGGAGCGUGCUGCCCCAUCAGGCGAUCGGUAUGGCGUACAUAUCAUGUUCCUCAUGACUCCACGAUCAUCACAAUCGAUCAUCUGACAACUGAACUGCAUCCGAUCUGGCAACUUGGCGAUAAUCAUACCGCAUCCAGCAUUCUGCAUCCUGCAUCCUGAAUCUCACAUCUCGCCCUCUCGCCCCCUUCUCAGUCGCCACCUUCUCUGUCUUGCCUGUUGCUCGUCCAUGUUUGUGUUUCUCUCUCUCUCGAUCUCGUUCUCGCCCACACUCUCACCCACAGUGUUUUGUAUUUACAUCUGUAUGUGUGUGUGUUCUUGUGUGUAUGUGUGUGUCAUGCAUGCAUCCUUAAUUGCCUUACUAAACAAUAAAAAAACCAAAAAAUAUAUACCAGGAGCAGCAGCAGCUACACAGCAGCAGGAGGAUCGGGAUCAAGAUCGUGAUCGGACGGAGGCUGGGGAGGAUCAGGAGGAUCUGGCGGAUCAGGCGGCUGAGGCGGGGACACAGAUCUGUGCCAAAUACUGCUCGCUUUAGACACAAGCACCGAGAGAUGUGUGGAGAGCUAUGAGUUACGAGGGGGAGGAGAGGGCGCCAGGCAUCCCCAAAGAUGUGCAAUUAAAAUCUCUUAUGAUCAUGCGACACCACAAAAUGUUAAAUUUAAAGUAUAAAAAAAAAUACAAAUGGCACUGCCAAUAGCGAAAGGUCUGGGCCUCGACUGGGCCCGACUAUCUGUAAAUACGAAGAGAAAACUCUGAUCAAAAUACCCUAAACAAUUGUAUGUAAGAGUUUUUGGCGGGGGAUCGGAAGAGCUUUAAUAGACAUUCCGAAGUAACUUUUUCCAGAAACCAGUCUCAACUUCUUAGCCAGUCUCAUACUACCACACUUUUGCCAUACACACACUA